AUGUCGAACUGCUCUGUAAUGACUCUGUCCCUUGUGUUCCUAUCUCUGGCCAUGUCCUCUGCCCAUACUAACAGAAUAAAAGAAGAAAGAAAAACAAACAACUUCAUCAAUGAAGCCUGCAAUCACACAACCGACCAAACCUUCUGUGUCAAGACAUUGGGCUCGGACCCUGAUGGCGCCUCUGCCAGUGACUUGGCUGGGCUCACGGCCAUUGCGCUCAAAAUAACGGUAGCCAAUGCAACAGACACUUACGCCUACAUAUCGAAGCUGUUAAACAGGAGCGGCAGUGACACGAAGGAAAGUUUUGAGGACUGUUUGGAUGUUUAUCAACUAACAGUGGACCAUCUGCAGGAAGCCGGCUUUGCUGCAGAAGAACUACAUCGAUCUCAAAGUCUACAUUAG